AUGGACAACAGCGGCAAAGAGAAAGAAGCCACGGCCUUGGUGGCGGAGGCCGAGAAGAAGAUGAAGUCGUCGCAGUCGUUUUUCGGAGCGCUGUUCGGGUGAGGUUCCUCCAAGUUGGAAGAGGCCUGUGACAUGUACGUGAGGGCGGCCAACAUGUACAAAUGGCCAAAAACUGGUAAACGCGUUCCCAGGCGCGCUCGCCUUCACCUUCAGAUGCGCAAACACGAUGCUGCGACUAACUUCAUAGAUGGGAACGCCUUCAAAAAAGCAGACCCGCAAGAGGCCAUAAACUGCCUAAAUGCAGAUGAGAUAUACACAGAUAUGGGGCGCUUCACCAUCGGCAAACAUCACAUCAGGAUCGCUGAAAUUUACGAGACGGAGCUUGUGGACGUCGACAAGGCCAUCGCUCAUUAUGAACAGGCAGCAGAUUAUUACAAAGGUGAAGAAUCCACCAGUUCAGCAAACAAGUGCCUUCUGAAAGUAGCAACCUACGCAGCCCAGCUGGAGCAGUACCUGAAAGCAGUCGAGAUAUACGAACAGGUUGGGACCCACGCGAUGGACAGCACGCUCCUGAAAUACAGCGCCAAGGAUCACUUCUUCAAGGCAGCGCUCUGUCACUUCUGUGUAGACAUGCUGAAUGCAAAGCUCGCGUGCAGAAGUACGAAGAAAUGUUUCCGGCCUUUUUCGGACUCUAGAGAAUGCAAACUGUUCCAGAAACUUCUAGAUGCCUGUGAAGAACAGAGUGACGCCUAUACUGACUCGGUGAAAGAAUACGACACCAUUUCACGGCUGGACCAGUGGCUCACCACCAUGCUUCUCCGCAUCAAGAAAACCAUACAGGACGAGGAGAGUGACCUCCGCUGACUCCCUUCCCCCGCUCG